UUUUGCUGAGGUCGAGGCAUUUACUCCUGUUUCGUUCGUUCAUCUGCGUAUUAGAACAUCCAAUCCAAUUGUUUCAUCUUCGUCUUCAUCCUCAGGUGAUCUCUGUACUGUACGACGCGACUGCUUCAGUUUUGGUGCUGUGUUGAAUUCCGAUGGCGUUACCGGUCGUAGACACCGAGUACCUCAAGGAGAUCGAAAAGGCUCGCCGUGACCUCCGCGCUCUCAUUGCCAACCGGAACUGCGCGCCGAUCAUGCUUCGUUUGGCUUGGCACGACGCUGGUACGUAUGAUGUGAGUACGAAAACUGGUGGGCCUAAUGGAUCGAUUAGGAAUCAGGAGGAGUAUUCUCAUGGUUCUAAUAAUGGUCUGAAAAAGGCUAUUGAUUUUUGUGAGGAGGUGAAAUCUAAACAUCCGAAGAUUACUUAUGCAGACCUAUACCAGCUAGCUGGUGUAGUUGCCGUUGAGGUCACUGGAGGCCCCACUAUUGACUUUGUUCCUGGUAGAAAGGAUUCAAAAAUUUCUCCCAGGGAAGGCCGACUUCCUGAUGCAAAAAAAGGUGCACCACAUCUGCGUGACAUUUUUUAUAGAAUGGGCCUGUCUGACAAGGAUAUUGUUGCAUUGUCUGGGGCUCACACAUUGGGAAGAGCACAUCCGGAGAGAUCUGGUUUUGAUGGACCUUGGACAGAGGAUCCUCUGAAGUUUGAUAACUCUUAUUUUGUGGAACUGUUGAAAGGAGAAUCAGAGGGACUAUUAAAACUUCCUACUGACAAGGCUUUACUUGAAGAUCCUGAGUUCCGUCCGUACGUCGAAUUGUAUGCAAAGGAUGAAGAUGCAUUCUUCAAAGAUUAUGCCGAAUCACACAAGAAACUCUCAGAGCUAGGCUUCACUCCGGGUUCCGCUAGGGCAAUUGCGAACGACAGCACUGUAUUGGCACAAGGUGCCGUCGGAGUUGCGGUUGCAGCUGCUGUGGUAAUUCUGAGCUAUUUCUAUGAAAUUCGCAAAAAUUUGAAGUAAUUAGCAAGGUCAACUCGUCGUCUAUAUAGCAAUAUUGAGUUCAUUUCUAGACAUGAAAAAUUGUUCCCUUGAGAUCUAAUACAUACCAGUAAAACAAUCUAGACAUCAUACUGAUUCUAUGUAUUAGCUUCAUAAACAAAAUCACUCAACAUGAUUAUUAUUAUACCAUGAAACUUUACGACUUGCUUUAUAUGUUUAA